GACACAGCUAUCUGAGGCAGCAGCAGUUCCCCUGCGCUCUCUCCCUCCUGCAGGCUGCGCUUAUACACACUUACACACACACUUGAACCAAUAGGACACUGGACACACAUUCACGCACUCUUAUACUUACAGGCAAUCGGCGCGCAUACACACAAACACUAUUAUACACGCACGUCCACUCACUAGAGUUUAUAUGAGAGGCAGUUGCAGACAUUUUCACUUUACACAGACUUAUUUCUCCUUGACAAAUCUCACUCAGAAGAAAUGGGGAAAAUUGUGCUUUUCGUUUGUGCCAGUCUCCUGCUCACAGCCACCAGCCAGGGAGCGGACUUCCCCGUCAACUCAAACCAGAGAUGGGACGCUAGAGGAGCUUACACUUUGGGAUCUGAUUCUAGUGCCCCCACCUCCUGCCCCAUGAAACUGAGACCCUCAGGCCAGUGUGGGAGCUCCGGAGCCGGGGCAGAGGAGGGCGAUGACUGUCCGUACCAGCUCACCUUACCCCCCCUCACCAUCCAGCUGCCCAAGCAGUUCAGGCUGCUGGAGAAGACAAUGAAGGAGCUGCAGAGCCUGAAGGAGGUGGUGAACAAGCUAAGGACUGGGUGCCAGGAGUGCCGCGGGGCACGAGGCAGUGGAGCCUUUGGACAUCAACAAUCUGACCAAGGACAGAAGGAAGCCGGGGAAGAAAUAAAACUGGACCUGACAGGACAGGAGGUGCUAGGUGGGUUGAGUCAAGAGGAGAGGGGAGACGGGAUGGUCCCUGGAGCUACUGUGGACAGUACUGGACUGGGACAAGGUUCUGUUUUUGGGAAAAUUACACCGAGCCCCAGCUCCAUGCAGGAGAUGCAGGUGAAGCUGAAUAGGAUGUCAACCAGCCUGCGCAACGCCCGGAGCCAGAUCUCGGCUAUGCAGGGUCGUCUGGAGGGGCUCAACCUGCUCAACAUGGACAACGUGCAGGCGAUGGUGGACAGGCGGGUGGAGAACAUCACCGGAGUGGUCAACAAGCUCAGCUCCACAUGCACCACCCAGUGUGCAGUAGUACAGAACACCCCUCAGUUCAUCUUAGCCCCCCGGGACUGCUCAGACUACAACGUGCUGGAGGGAAGAAAGAACGGUGUGUAUCGCGUGACCCCUGAUCCCCGCAAUGGGACAUUUGAGGUCUUCUGUGACAUGGAGUCCUUUGGAGGGGGCUGGACUGUGAUACAGCAACGGCUCAACGGGUCCGUCAGCUUCAACCGCACCUGGACCGAGUAUAAGAAAGGCUUCGGCAACCUCAGAGGUGAGUUCUGGUUGGGCAACGACCAUCUCCACUUUCUGACAAAGACCAAGGACAUGAUUCUGCGUAUUGAACUGGAAGACUUUGAGGGCGUCCGGGAAUAUGCAAAGUAUGACCAGUUUUACGUGGCCAAUGAGUUCCUUCGCUAUCGGCUGUCUGUCAGUGGAUACAGUGGGACUGCUGGCAAUGCCAUCAGUUUCAACAAGCACUUCAACCACGACCAGAAAUUCUUCUCCACGCCCGACCGUGACAACGACAUGUACCCCUCCGGGAACUGCGGCGCCUACUACAGCUCGGGCUGGUGGUUCGAUGCCUGCAUGUCGGCCAACCUCAACGGGAAGUACUACCACAAGAGGUACAAGGGAGUGAGGAACGGCAUCUUCUGGGGAACGUGGCACAACAUGUCGACAGAGUACUACCCCACCAACUACAGGCAGGCCUUCAAGACUGUCAAGAUGAUGAUACGGCCCAAGAACUAUGCUCCUUAAGAGGACAGGUACACAUUCACGAGUACAGUCCAGACAGACAGAGAGACGGACAGACACAAACAAAGACAAAGAAAAUGGACGGACAAGUAGACUAAAAGCCCUAUAACCCUAUAGAAGUUUGAAUGUCUCAAACAAAAAUAAUCGUGGAAAAAAUUUAACUAUGCCAUUACUUUUUCAACUAAAGUGAGUGUGGCAAUGAAAAAAAAACGUUGGAUUAAAAUGAUAAUAAUAAAGGACAAUGGACUAUUAACAGUGAUGGACUAAUAAAAAAAAACACACAGUGUAAAGGGCAGUCUCCUACAGGGGACAUAAUAUUACACGCCGGGUUACCAUGAGAGAUUUUUCACUUUUCUCUGACAUUUUCCACUUUCUGUUAUGCUGCCUCCCGCUAUAAACCCGGCCACGACACAGCACAGCACAGCGCAGCACAUAGUAGUAGUAAAAACUAAUGAGCUAUCAUUUUUCUUCACUCCAAAUGGUUUCAUAAUUAAGAGCAGCCACUCAAGUGAGGUAUAUGAGAGCUGAUGAUACAGUUUUGAGCGGGUCGAAAAUUUUUCAUGCUGUGGUCAAACUGUUUGAAAAAAAGAAAAGAAAAAAAAAAAAAACCCCACCAGCAAUGAUACACAGCACUCUUUAGGCUGCAGUGAAUAAGUUAAUAGCUUCUGUGUCAUUCAUUUAAUUACACUGGGACACUUUGCUGAUGUAUCAUCAUUCAAUACAAUAUAAAACUUCCCAGUAUAAAUAUGUAGCCGGAGAUAAAUUUACAUUGGGUUACUCCCCAAGUACAUUCUGCAUGAUGGAUGUUUUAGUAAAUUGUGCUUGUCAGCAGCCACUGAGCAGGACACUGCUGCGAGACAAAAAAAAAAUGUUCAAAUUGUUUUUCCACCCUUUUGCUCAGGGUGCACUGAGCUACUGCGCAACUCUUGAUGACAUUCACCAGUGUUUAAAAAAAAAAAUCCUCCCUGACUCACCACUUGUACAAUACUGCUACCUAGUGUUAGAAAACUGUAUAGCAUCAUUUAAUCCAUUUUAUACACACUGUGAAUGGGAAGGACGGGGAAAGAAAAGUUUAAGGCUGUGUACAGUAUUUAUUUCAUUUUGAGAGGUUAUGAUAGCUUUUAUAUAAUAGAUGGGUCAUAGAGUCUAACGAAUGUAGACAUUCGAGCAGUGAUGAAGACUGGACAUUAUUGUGACCAUUCAUAGUAAAUACGUGUGUAUUCAGAGCUUUGUUUUUGUACAAUAUUGAUCUUUUCUAUCAUUCAUAUUCAACCGUCAUGCCAAAAGAUAUGCACUUUUUAUAUCAAAAAAAUUGAAUAAAGUUCCACCUACAUGUGUACAUUGCAGUGUUGUUGGCAAAACUUAUGCCUAUUGCAUAAUUUCAAAGCAUCUUCUGUAUUGAAAUCACCCUUCAAUAAAUGUAUACAAACAUGUAUACACGUUUAGCAUGAGUAUCCAUCAAAAGAUAUUCUCAAGUGUCUGCCUUCUUGUAUCCAGGGCCAUAUGAUGCCUGUAACAAUGGAGGGACGAUGUGCUGCAUGCCCAUUUUAAAUGGGUCAAUGAGGUGUUGAUUUUAAUAAAGCAACUCUCCAGCAAAUGAACGAGUUCCUAUUGACUUCACAGAGGAUACAUACACGAUUAAACUGUGGGCCAGUUACUUUAAUGUCUGUACACUGUAUGUGAUGAUAAAGUAAAUAAAAAAAUAUUGUGCUCAUCCACGCAAUGA